UCGAAAAGUAAUCGAAAUCGACAUUCAGAACCUAUAAUCGAUCAAAUUUUUCUAGGUCGAUUAUUUCGAUUACUUUCCCUUUAAAAACACUACAGCGUGUGGAGUCACGUGACCCCGCUCCGUUACGUUACAUUAUUCCGCCGACAUGUCGAGCAUGGAGAGCUUAAACACUGACACAACUGAGCAACAAGAGCAGCUUGUACCAAAGAAAAACGCAGUCUCCGUCAUUUGGACACAUUUUGGCUUCAGUAAGGAUGACAUCGAACAAAAUGAAGUCAGAUGUAGACACUGUAGAAAAACAGUUUCGACGCCCAAAGGUAACACCACCAAUUUGUUUCAACACUUGAAGCACAAUCACGUUACUGAAUAUGAACAGUGCAUGGCUCAAAAAAAACAAAAAGAGACUGACAAGCGCCCAGCAACAAGUGCCUCCGCAAAGCAGAUGUCGAUAACACAAGUGUUCACAAAUGCCACACAGUAUGAGAAGAGUUCAAGAAGAUGGAAAGAAAUAACUGACGCUAUUUGUUAUUACAUCGCAAAGGAUAUGACUCCCUUGGCUAAAGUGGAGCGAAGCGGGUUUAAACACCUCGUUAAAACUCUCGACAGAAGAUACACUGUGCCAUCGCAAUCACAUUUUUCUAAAACUGCGCUGCCAGACAUGUACAAGACAUGUUGUAAAAAUGUAGCUGCUGAACUGAAAAAUGUUCAACACUUUGCAGCCACAUCUGAUCUCUGGUCAAGUAGGACGAUGGACCCAUUCUUGAGCCUUACUUUGCACUACAUUGACGACGAUUGGAAGCUGCGCCAGAGAUGCCUUGAGACGGCAUAUUUUCCAGCCGAUCACACGGCAGAUAUGAUUGCGCAAGGUCUGAAAGAUAUGCUUUCUGAAUGGGACCUCGCAGAAGAAAAACUUUCAGCCAUUACGACAGACAACGGUGCUAAUAUGAGCAGCUAUUUGGUGUCCCCCAUGCUGGAUAGUGAGGCAAAUCCACUGGACUGGUGGAGGAAGCAUCAUGUACACUUUCCCACUCUAAGUAAGGUGGCAAAAAAGUAUCUCUGCAUACCAGCUACUAGCUCCCCAUCAGAGCGGGUUUUCAGUUCGGGCGGAAACAUUGUUACAUGCCUCAGGUCCUGCCUGAAACCUGAAAAGGUUAACAUGCUCGUGUUUCUUAGUAAGAACUUAGAGUAAAUUCAUGUUCAUAUAGUGACAUGACAAGAUCGCUAAGAUCACCUCAUGCAACAGUGUUUAGAGAGUUCU